AUGGAGUGGGGCCAACAGCUGCGCAUCAACACCGCCACCAUGGGGGCCAAGCCGCGCGCGGGCAGCAAGCGCGGGCGCGGGGGCGGCGACGAUGACGAGGCGCGGGAGGCGGCGCUUUCUCAGAAGGACAGCAGCCGGAUCCUGCGGCAGGCGCGCAUGCAGCAGGAGGAGGUCGACGCUGAGCUGGCGGCGGUUGACGGCGACGGCGACGGCGACGCGGGGCCAGGCGACCUCCCGAUGAGCGCCGGCGCGCUGACCGCGGCGCUGCAGCAGCUGGCUGCGGGCGACAGCAGCGAGGAGGGCGGAGGCGAUGACGAGGGGCGGUUCAGCGACACAGACUCCCUCUGGGGUGCAGGGGGCGUCGCGGGCGACGAGGAGAUCUCGCCGGAAGAGGAGCGGGCGCUCGCGGCGUUCAUGCCGCCGCCCGAGGCGCAGGGCGCCGCGGCGGGCGGGCAGAAGAGCCUGUCGGGCCUCAUCGUGGCGCGGAUCAGGGAGCAGCAGCAGCGGCAGGGCAUUUCGGUGCUGCCAGAGGAGGGCCAGAUGCCCGCCCCAGAGGGCCUGGAUGAGCGCGUGAUCGAGGUGUACCGCGGCGUCGGGCAGCUGCUGUCGCGGUACACCACCGGCAAGGUGCCCAAGGCGUUCAAGAUCAUCCCCAACCUGCGCAACUGGGAGGAGGUGCUGUACCUGACAGACCCCGACAACUGGAGCCCUCACGCCACGUGA